CGCAUAGUGCCCACACUAAGCUCUCAACUCACACAGAUCAAUAUGUCGUCCAACUCCAACAACAUCUUCAAUGCUGUCUCCAUCUUUGAUGGAAAGCACUGGCUCGUAUGGUCCGGAACUAUGGAGUCCUACCUGGAACGUCAGGGGAUCUCAUAUGUGCUGACCGAAAUGGCGCUGACCGAAGUCAAAGCUACCGAUGGCUCUGUGACCAAUGCAUCGGAGAUCAAACAAUGGAAGCAUGAUGAU